CGCACCUCCCCCCGUCUCGCUCAAUCUUGCUCUCUCUCUCUAUCUCUCUCCACCACCACCAAACUCAACCCACUGCCUCUUUCCCCUCCGCUGCGCACCUCAUGAAGCUACUGCAGUGAAUCCGUCAUCCGUCGACUGAAAGACCGAGAACAAAAUCAGAGCAAAGCUCCAUUCCGUUUGCCGAUUCCGGGUCGAAAAACGCCCAGCACCGACAGCGCCAGGCCCUCCCGUUUCCGUGAGAUUCUGCACAAGGCGAAGACGACCCGUCCGACAGAAUGGGAAACGAGGCGAGUUAUCCCUUGGAGAUGUGCACACACUUUGAUGCUGAUGAGAUUAAAAGACUAGGAAAGAGGUUUAAGAAACUUGACCUGGAUAACUCGGGUUCUCUCAGCGUGGAGGAGUUCAUGUCUUUACCGGAGUUGCAGCAGAAUCCGUUGGUCCAACGAGUCAUCGAUAUAUUCGACACGGACGGCAACGGGGAAGUGGACUUCAAAGAGUUUAUUGAGGGCGUCUCUCAGUUCAGCGUCAAGGGCGACAAAGAGCAGAAGCUUCGCUUUGCUUUCAGGAUUUAUGACAUGGACAAGGACGGCUACAUAUCCAACGGUGAGCUGUUCCAGGUGCUGAAGAUGAUGGUGGGGAACAACCUGAAGGACACUCAGCUCCAGCAGAUCGUCGAUAAAACCAUCAUCAACGCAGACAAGGACGGAGAUGGGAGGAUAUCCUUCGAGGAGUUCUGCAUCGUUGUUGGCGGCUUAGACAUUCACAAAAAGAUGGUGGUGGACGUGUGAAGAGACUGAACAGACUCUUCACUGAACAUCCUCAUUCACUUCUCCAUUUUCUGAGAAUCAGCUCCGCUAACACGCUCUCUCUGUCUCUCUCCCUUCUCCCUCUCUCUCUUUCAAUGGAAGUAUUUCUCUGAAUGAUGCCUCUGUUCCCUGUCUAUACUCCCUGAGCCUUCUAACGCCUGCCAUUCUAAGUGUUAUAGAGCAUGAGAUUCUUCUGUCCAAAUUCUCGGGUAUUUAAGGACAGUCAGAGAGGUGGCAUCUCUGUCCAUUACUGAGCGAUUCAGUUUGGUGGAGAAGGAAGAGAGGAGGGUGUGCGUAUGUAUGCGUUAUUGUGCGUGUACGUUUGUCUUCGUGUCUUUCUUUUUCGAAACGGGGGGAUUUUUUUUGUAUUUAUUUUGGUCCUCUUUUUUUAAUGAUCUAGGUCUACAGGGAAUACGUGGACAUGACUUGAUUUCAGCGUGACACGCUUCGAACAUGAAGUGCCAAUCACAGCGUGUAUGUGAGAUAUAACAAUAGCUGAAUAUUUAAAUCGCUGUCUGAUGUUCUUUAUUUACGGAUAUUAAACGAUACAUCAAGUUUAUUAAAAGGCCCGUUCCUUUUUUUCCUGCUCGUUUUGAGCAAAUGUUAUUUUGUGGCAGAUCAUGCAAAUUAGAAUUUUCUACCAAGAAUAUGUGUAUAAAUGUACAAGUGUGCUGUUAAUAUUGUCAGGGAGUUCAGUUGCAGUCUUGCUUUCUGAUAUAUGGUAGACUAGGAAAAAGCAAGUAUAUUAUAAGUUGUGCACAUAUAUAUAAAUAUACACACACACACAUUUAUGGUUUACUUUUAAGAUUAUUAUGUGUGUGUGGGGUGGGGAGAUCAAAUCACACCACUGGAGGAUGGAUCUGUGCCAUCAGUCAAUUUCUCAACUUUUAUCGGUAUUUUGAAUAAAUUACAUUUUAGCACAGCAAUACAAUAUUGUUUUACCUCUAAACAUUAUAUUCACACAUACAACGCCGUUUGUGGCCAACGUCACAAUAACACCGGAUUUGUGUUUGUGGAAAUUUAAGCUUAAUAUUCCGACUUGACUGCGGGCAGCAUUGUAAAGCUCUUAGUAGCUCAUAUUUGUAUAUUAAGGUUUGAUGGACGGAUUGUGUGUUUUGUGGGUUCGGGUUUUUAAGCUUUAAUCGUGUCGGUCCGCAGCGAAGAAGGGUCGAGUAGGCAAACCAAAUUGGACAGAACUUUUCUCCUUCGUCAUUUCAAAGAUCGAUGAUUCAAACGGUGGUAUUUGGUUGUUUUAUAAAAGGGAUACCGAACUAAACUAUCGAUACGGAUGAAUAAACUCGCCAAGCCGCUGUUCGCUUUUACUUGUGAUUCUCCCGCGCAAAACGGCGUUUGGCGCCAGCUGCUGCACGGUGACGGCUCGUUCAAAGAGACCCUCGGGGUUUUGUGACGUACUUGCAUGAUACGGGAGCCGUUUCUCCCUCGUUUUCUUUCUGUUGUGCAUGUAGAUCUGGUUUCGGGGAAGAGAUGAUCUUGUUUACAUAUGAAUCGUAAUAUUGCGAUGUUAUAAUCUGAAUGACAGUUACAUAUAUAAAUAUAUAUAUGACGUUGCCAAACUUUUGGUUAAUGUUUAGAAAUGAUUUUAAAGCGCGUUUCUUCACUACAUUUAUAAAUUCUUAUUAUGAAACAUAAUGUGGGUUAUUACGGAAUGGUCUCGGUCACUCCCAGCGAAGCAUCAGCUUUCAUCUUAUAUGAAACCGCCGGUACUGUUAAAGGGAUGGAGUUGCGUUUUUUUUUUUUUUUUUCCCUUCACGAUUAAGUUGAGUUGUUAUGUACAGAGUUUGUGUUAUUAGUGCUUUCUGUUUUGUAUUGCUUUAGCUGGGCGGUCAGACAGCCAUCUAUAUAACGUUUGGUGUGGUCGAUCGGUGCGUGUGUUUUGGAGGACAAACGAAAAAUUCAAGUGAAUGAAAACGUUUCGCUUUUAGGUUUUUGUUUCUUUCUUAAUUUCUUUGCAUGCUGCGUCAAAUGCUGUGGGAUUUAUUGAAAUUUCAUUCAUGAAAUGAGAAAUAAAAUGUUUGAGACUUGUUAAA